CUGAGCACCAGUUACCCUCGCGAAAAGCCCUUCCACCUGAAGAAUUACUGCGCCAGCGCCAACUACAUCCUGACCCUUUUAUUGGACGGUUACGGCUUCCAAAACGACACCUGGCAGAACAUCGCCUUCCAAAUGCAGGCUUCCAAUUCAGACAUCGGUUGGGCCUUGGGCUACAUGCUGAACCUCACCAACCGGAUCCCGGCUGAAGCCCCUCAACAGCUCAAGGGUCACGAAGAAGCUUUCUGGAUUGCAAGCAUCUUCUUCAUCGUGGCCACCCUGGCCCUCUGCCUCCUCGUCCUCAUUUUGCAUUCUCUGCUGUGA